AUGUUGCGCAACGCCCGUGGCCCGAUGGCCAAACCUGCAUCGUGCCGCUUGAUUGCUUCGGACAUGGAGGAAAAGCCACAACAAUGUCCUUGCGAAAUACAAGAUAAAGUCCACCUCUUCCUCGAGAUGUCCUCGAGCUACUUCCACGGCGACAGCAGCUCCGGAGCCGGGAAUCACCCGUCGCGCUCUCGUGGCAUAAAAUCACUUCCUUUCACAAACCACCUGCCUCGUCCUCGUCAGGCUCGCAACUGUAUCCGCUGGGCGGAUAGGAACACCCGGCGACGGGCCGAGGCCGAAAGGAAGCACAAGGUACUCGGUAGCAGUUCAUGGCACGUGGCCUGCUUUGGCAGCAGGCGCAAUUCGACUGCCUGUUUAGGCAUGUGCACUCGGGACGAGGAUCAGGUCGACGGCGGCCUUCCAUGCUUGCUCGGGGCGCCAAAGUCAGGUUAG